AAAAAUGUAGGUAGGUGUGAAAGGUUAUCGUCCCAUAGAAAAUUUCAAUUUCGCGCCUUUUUCUACUGACAAGUUGGGUGUGUUUAAAUUAUAUAGUUUGUCAAACAGCUUACUCAGUAGAAAAGUUGCGCUUUUUUAAUGUUGUAUGUAUAAUAGUUGUAUGGAACGAUAAUCCUUCACGCCUAAAUUUUUUUUAAAUGCUGGUUUUUUAUGUUAUUUUUCUACUGACGGAAAUGGUUUUACAGACUACAGUCCAAUUACAGUCUAAUUGUGGCCAUAGACAAAAACAGAUUUGUGAGCAUAAAUAAAAAGCCAGCAAGAGUUAUCAUACAUGUCGUUGACUAACUUCAUUCAUAAUUUCAAAAUUACUGUCACAACAUUAUUCCUCCGCUUCUCCAAUCCGUUUGUAGGGUGCAGUAAAAGUAAUUGAAAACAUAGAAAACUACAUAUCUACAUGUUCGAGCAUGAGUUGACGCGACAUUCUACAGUGAGCUACAAGGCGAGGUGAGCCUUGCCGUGAGAUGUAGCGUUACAUUUCUUCUGUCUAAACAUGUACAAGUAGAAAGUUCCCAUAUUUAAGAAAAUGUGAUGUCUCUGUUAAAAGGAGUAGUACAAACAAAAUGUUGUCGGCGCGAGAUACCCUUGGCGGAUGUUGGGUUUGUACAUGCAAUACGGAACUGUGCUACGAAAAAAAUAUCAACGAGUUUCCUGGAACGAGACGGAAAGAAAAUGAACUAAGAACUUUAAUUCCAGUUAAUACCGUUAAACACAUUGCAGGAAUGCGAAAUAUAAGAUGGUCUCCUGAAAAUUUCACCAAUACAAAAAAAUGCAACUACCCAGGUCUUGUACAGUAUAAACGGACAGCCUGGAUACAGGGAAACGACCAACAAUGGUACGAAAUGAAACUAAUCGGAUCGGAUCGGAUCAUAAUGUACUUAAGAGACAUGAACAGAUUCCAAACAGAAAGCACACAAAACAAGAUGGACGGACAAGGAUUGGACAAAAUGCUACUGAUAUAUUUACAAAUAUUAGCACACUCGACAUCAAACUUACUAUUUAAAACAGCAGAAAGAAACUUAAGCCAGAACUUUCUUUUAGUAUCUGGCCGGAGCGUUGUCAAUGAAUUAUGUCCAUCCGGAACAUGUUUAGUGAACAUGUCAACAUAUUCAUCAAUGCCAGAGAAUAUGUAUUUCAAAACGAUAUCAAAUACGGGAUUAUCACCUCUAAUGGAAUAUUCAAAGUUCAAUAAAAUAAGCAAAAAUUCAAACACCUAUUUUAGACCUUAUCUAGUUCAAUCCAGUUUACUACAAAAAACUAAAUCAAAAGAACAGCAAAACAGUUCCGCUAAUUCAAAAACAACUAAUCCUUCUUCAAUAAUCACUUGGGUGCAGAAUUUUACACAGCCAUCUAUCCGUUCAUAUAAAAAAAAAAAUGUUAUUGAUCGGUUUGAUUUAUCCGUUAAACAAAAUAGUGAGAGACCAAAAAAUCUGAUAUCCAAAAAUAAAAACCUCAGUAAUUUCGCAUCAUUCUCGACACACAAACCAUCCCCAUUUUUCAAUCUGAAAGGCGUUUUGGGACCGUAUGCGCAAAUACAAAUCGUGUAUAAUGUUAUGGAGCAAGCGGCUACCGAAGUGAAAGAAAAGGGGACAUCACAACAAUUUAAACAGAAAUCGCAAGGUAUUGGCAGCGGAUCCGUUAGUGGUGGAAAUGACAGCUCGAGUGCAUCAUCCAAACGACGAACGAUCAAAAUUGAGUCAGGUGUUAGUUUUAGUGUAGAAUUUAUUGAUAAAGGAAAAAGCGGUACUGAGAGUACUGUAUCCAGCCCGGAACCAGAGACAGGCAAAAAGAAACGAGGUAAAGAAGGUAAGAAAUCGCUGCAUCGAUGUCUUUGUACCACAUCAUUUCCAACAGAUGAUAAAAAACUAAAAAAUAGACCAUGUGAUUCCGGCGUAUGUGUACCAGGCGAAUGCAGUCCAAGUGAAUGUUUUAAACGACUUCAACAAAAGUAUGGAAGCAAAAAGAAACAAAGUGACAGUGAUGUGUCUUCCAGUCAGGCAUCACAAACACGCAAAAAAAAAGAAAAAGAAGGAAAAAUACUUAAAGAAAAAGGUUCAUCAAGCAUUUCAAAAUAUAAGGAGAGUGUCGAAGAAAAACCUCCCCCAAAGCCAGAAAAAUCUAGCAUUGUUACAUCUUUAAUAAAAUGUUGUAAAACAUUACAAUUUUGGAAGAAAGAUAAGCAUAUAGAACUUAAACCCGGGGUUAUGGGCACUGACAUAUCCGUCAAAGAUGAAACUAAAACAUUCGGUUCUAAUGCAGCCAGCCAGUCAGGUAAAACUAAUAUUCCAAAAAAAGACAAAAAAUCGACUGAGAAAGAUGGAAAAGGCGAAACAGUUACAGUGGAUGCAAAAACGUCAACUGGAAAAAAAGGAAAGAAAGAAAAGGGUAAAAAAGUUACUGAGAAAAAGAAAGAUACUACAGAAGAAGUAAAAACAGAAACCAAAGCAACUGGGAAAGAAAUGAAAAAGGCCCGACCUUUAAAACCAUAUGAAUGCGAACCCGGUGUUUGUACUCCUAAAGUGUGCAGUCCAAAGGAGUGCUAUGAACGAAAAUAUCCACCUCCACCCCCAGUAGAGCUUACUAACUUUAUGAAAUUUAAAAAUUGUGUAUUAAAGAUUUGUUGCAAACGACCAGCUGCAGAAGAAAAAGCAGGUUCUCCUUUGGAUGCGGCAACUCAGUCGCCAAAAUCAGCACCUGAAAAAACAGCAGGGGUUACUGUAUACCAAGAAAAGGGAACUUCAGGCCCAAAGGCCGGCAAGAAACAGAAAGGCGAAACUCCAGGAGUAACUUCCGGAGUAACGCCCCCAGUAGGCACGGCGACAACAGCUAAGGUGUCACGCAAAUCUAAAAAAGGAGCUAAACAACAAAUCGACACAGGCGUUCAACUACCUGUAGAUAGCGGUGACGUCCAAAAACCCCAACAACAAUCAGCAUAUCCUGGUAUGCAAUAUUACCAAACUAUCGACCCUGAGCGUAUGACAAAGCGGCAGGGACUUAACAUUGGAUCAGAGUGCGAAUGUAGUGUUGAAUUUUACAAGAUGCUUUAUUAAAUACUUCUUUAAUAAUUAAGUAAUUUUGUCAUAUUAAUAAUGUUGUACUUUCUUUCAAGUAAAAUGUAAAAAAAAAAGCAUUGUAA